UGUACUGCACGUAGAAUUGUAGAUAUACAGGGAUGCCAUGCUGUGAAUGUCUAAGGUGCAUGUCACACUCCAGUCCAAUGUCCACAUUAUGUGUGUGAGUGCAAUGCUGGCCAUGAAUGUACAUGCUUUAGCUGAGCUCCCAGCCAGUUGGCCAAUGUAAAUGUCUUGCACUAAGGAGCUCAGCAAUGAUUCAUGGGUAGCUAGCAAGUGAGCAUGCAAUCUCUACGACUUGGUGAAAUCUUGUCAUAAACUAUUCUGAGGUUCAGAACUACUUUCCCUUAGGUUGAAGGAACAUUGAGUGGCAACACUCUGAAUGUUAUCAAGUACACAGUCAUUCCUCUGGAGAAGGCCAAGAACUGCAAAGGUACAGGUGAAGGGGGCAAAGAUGGAGAAGGAAGUGAAGGUACAAAAGCUCCAGGGGACUCGGAAGAGCCGUCAUCACGUUCAGCUGGUUUCCAGUGUCAUUUAUUUUGGCCUCUUCUCCUCCUCUCACUCAUCACACUCAAAUGAAUCAAUGUCAUCACUGCAAAAAUUCUUCUGCAGAUUAGCUAUGUUUAUAGGAUAAUUAUGAUAAAUGAAGGGAGCA